AUGGGUGUACCUGCAUUCUUUAGAUGGUUAUCUAGAAAAUAUCCGUCAAUUGUUAGCGAUGUUAUAGAAGAGGAAUGCCAAAUUGUCGAUGGAGUUAGAAUACCUAUAGAUUGUACAAAACCAAAUCUUAAUUUUCAAGAAUUUGAUAACUUGUAUCUAGACAUGAAUGGAAUUAUUCAUCCAUGUGCUCACCCAGAAGAUCGACCCCCUCCAGAAACAGAAGAUGAUAUUUUUGUUCUUAUUUUUGAGUAUAUUGAUAGAUUAAUGGCUAUUAUAAGGCCAAGAAAAUUACUUUAUAUGGCUAUUGAUGGUGUUGCACCAAGAGCUAAAAUGAAUCAACAAAGAUCUCGUCGCUUUAGGACUGCAAAAGAGAGUGCUGAUAAAAAAAAAGAAAUUCAAGAAGUAAAAGAUAAGUUGAUGUCACAAGGUAUUCCUGUUAUUCAAAGAAAAAAAGAAACAAAUUGGUUUGAUAGUAAUUGCAUUACACCUGGAACUCCAUUUAUGGAAAGGCUAGCAAAAGCAUUGAGAUACUAUAUUGCUUUAAAAAUCAAAACUGAUCCUGCUUGGGCUAAUAUUCUUGUAAUACUUAGUGAUGCUUCUGUUCCGGGAGAAGGGGAACAUAAAAUAAUGGACUUUAUUAGAAAGCAAAGAGCUUCCUCAGGACAUGAUCCAAAUACUGCACAUUGUCUUUGUGGAGCUGAUGCUGAUCUCAUUAUGUUGGGUCUCGCUACUCAUGAAGCCAAUUUUACUAUAAUUAGAGAAGAAUUUAUUCCAAGACAAAUGUCUCCUUGUGAAUUAUGUAACUUGGUUGGUCAUACACUUCAGGAAUGUGAUGGUGGGAUCAUUGAAUCUUCAAUAGUUAAAACAGUACCUGUAAAAAGAAGAACAAAUUUUAUUUUUAUUCGGCUUCCAGUACUUAGAGAAUAUCUCGAAAAAGAAUUAAUAAUGUAUGAAAUUAAUUUUAAAUUUGAUUUAGAACGAGCCAUUGACGAUUGGGUAUUUUUAUGUUUUUUAGUAGGAAAUGAUUUUUUACCACAUUUGCCUUCACUAGAAAUACGUGAAAAUGCUAUAUGCAGAUUGGUAAGACUUUACAAACAGAUGGCUUCAAAGUGUGGUGGAUAUCUAACAGAUAACGGUGAAGUUAAUAUGCAGAGAAUAUCAAUGAUAUUAGCUGAACUUGGUGAUGUUGAAGAUGAUAUAUUUAAACGAAGGCAAGAAAAUGAACAAAAGUUUAAAGAUAAAAAAAAGUCUAUGAAGUGUAGAAACACUAAUUACAAUAAAGCUUCUUCAUUCAUUGCUCCAAAUGUUGAUGGUGGUUUAAUUACACCAGUACCUAUUGAAAAUGCUAAUUUGAAUAAUUUUAGAGCUGAAACAAAAAUAAAGGCUUACAUGGCACGUGUUGAACAAGAAGAUUGUUUAGUUGCAGAAAGAAGACUACUUAGUAUUUUAAAACCAGAUAAAGUUGCUGAAUUACCACCAUUAAAUCCACAAGUUUUUCAAGUUGUCGGUCCAAAUGGUAAAACAAUUGGUGAGGAAUCAGACUCAGAACCUGAAGAUAAUGUUAAAUUUUAUGAACCUGGAUGGAAAAAUAGAUAUUAUGAAGAAAAGUUUGGUGCUUCAUUUAGUAAUGUUUCUGAAGAAUUCCGUCGUAUUGUAGCUGAAGCAUAUAUGGAAGGUCUUUGUUGGGUUUUAAAAUAUUAUUACAGUGGUUGUCCUUCUUGGGAUUGGUUUUAUCCAUAUCAUUAUGCUCCAUUUGCCUCUGAUUUUGAUAAAAUUGAGCAUUACAAACCAAAUUUCCCCAGAAAUACUAAACCUUUUAAUCCACUAGAACAACUUAUGGGAGUUUUUCCUGCUGCAAGUAGUCAACAUGUUCCAGAAUGUUGGAGAAAAUUGAUGACUGAUAUUGAUAGUGAAAUUAGUGACUUUUAUCCAACAGAUUUUGCUAUAGAUUUAAAUGGUAAGAAAUUCUCCUGGAUGGGAGUGGCAUUACUUCCAUUUGUUGAUCAAGAACGUCUCCUUGCAUGCCUUGAAAAAUAUUCCGAUGGUUUAACAGAGGACGAAAAAAAAAGAAAUAUAAGGGGUGAAAAUCAUAUUUAUGUUUCAAAAGUUCACUCAGCAUUUGAAAAAAUUAGAGAAAUUUACGAAACCAAUCAAGAUGUAACUUGGAUUUCAUUAAAUCCAACUUCUAAUAAUGGUGUUACCUUACUUAUUUCAAGAAUGGAGGAUUGUAUCAAUCUUGAUGAACCAUACUAUUCACCAGUAAAAGCCAUGAUUUGUAAAGACUUUACUAAUUCAUGUGCAAUGGCAUUAGUUAGAGAUCCAUUUUUUGUUGACCAGCAUCAUUAUCCAGUACAUCGUCUUGAAGGUGUCAUCGAACCAGAAAGAAUCGUAUCAACUUUUAAUGGUCGUAGACCAUAUAAUAAUAAAAAGGAGUACCAUCAAUAUAAUAAUAGAAAAGAACAACACAAUGUUAAAAAAGAUUAUCAACAACAAUCUAACAAUGGAAAAAGUUAUCAUAAGCCUACUACUAAAAAUGAAUAUUUCCGUACCAAUAAUAGAAAAGAUGUUCACGAUUUUAGAAACAGUAGAGAUGUCCACCAUAAUUCAAAUACAAAUAACCAAUUUAGUAAUAACGUCGUUAAUGGUAAUUUUAGAAACAAUGGUUCCGGCAACAAUUUUAACAAUCGAAAUCCUCGAGUAAACCACGCUGAUAAUAAUUCUAGAGCUGGUAAUUCUCAAGAAAAAAGAUAUCAACCAAAUAAGGGAACUUUUCAAAAACGUAAUUUUGGACUUAAACCUAAGCAAAAUUUUAUUCAUCAACCUGAGAAUCAAUAA